AUGCCAAACCCACGGGUUUACUUCGACAUCAAGAUCGGAGGCAACAAUGCCGGCCGGAUAGUCUUUGAGCUGUACGCCGACGUAACUCCUCGAACCGCAGAGAACUUUCGGGCACUCUGCACCGGCGAGAUAGGCGUCGGCCGUAGCGGCAAGCCCCUGCACUACAAGGGAUCAAUCUUCCACCGUAUAAUCCCCGAAUUCAUGUGCCAGGGAGGCGACUUCACCGCCGGCAACGGCACCGGCGACUGGCUCGACGGGGCCCACGUGGUUUUCGGACACGUGGUGGAGGGCAUGAGCGUGGUGUAUGCUAUGGAGAAGGUGGGAAGUGAGUCCGGCACUCCUUCCAAGCGAGUUGAGAUCGCCGAUUGCGGCCAGCUUUCUUAG